AAAGGUAAUAUAAUAACUCGAAAAUCGAUACUUGAUACAUACGGUGCAGAUGUAGUGUGUUAUUGGACAGCAGACUGAAAGCUUGGAGUUUAUACAGUCAACUCUGAAAACAUAUCAAAAUUGGCAAGUGCCUCGUUACAAAACUUUUCAAUGCCAGCAAGUUUAUUUCUAAUUCAUGGAAAGGUAUCCAGCUGAGACAUGGAUCAAUAGAUACUGCCUAAACUAUAUAAAGUUAUAGCAACGAAUAACUUAUUACAAUUUGAAUACUGUGAAGCUUUGGGUGCAGUAGAAGGAUUUUUUUGGAAAGACUUUUGUGACAAUCACUUGGAAUUAGCA